GUUCCUGCUUGCUGCCACAGCUCAUGGUCCUGGACUUCGUGUCUGACAGAUGUGUGCCCACCUGAAGAAACAGCAGGGUGGUAAAAAUAUGGCCCGGCCCAGUUCAGAUUUGGCAGCAUUCAGGAAGAUUUUCGCCCAAGCCCAGAACAUAGCCAUCAUCACUGGAGCAGGGGUGAGUGCUGAGAGUGGAGUCCCCACCUUCAGAGGAGCCGGGGGCUACUGGAGAAAAUGGCAAGCACAGGAACUCGCCACCCCGAUGGCCUUCGCCAGGAAUCCCUCACGUGUCUGGGAGUUUUACCACUACCGCCGCGAGGUCAUGCUCACCAAAAACCCGAACCCCGCUCACCUGGCUAUUGCAGAGUGCGAGGAGCGACUCACCAAACAGGGCCGCAACGUCACCGUCGUCACUCAGAACAUCGACGAACUCCACCGCCGAGCCGGAUCCAAGAACAUGCUGGAAAUCCACGGAAGUCUGUUCAGGACGCGCUGCAUGAGCUGCGGUCAUGAAGCCUCUAAUUAUAAGAGCCCCAUCUGUGCCGCUCUGAAGGACAAAGGAGCUCCAGACCCAAAAACAGAAGAUGCCCAGAUCCCUGAGAAGGAGCUGCCAAGGUGUGAGCAGACAGGCUGUCACGGUCUCCUGAGACCAGCUGUGGUUUGGUUUGGAGAGACUCUGGAUUCAGACAUCCUCAACCAGGCAGAGAGUGUGCUGGAUAACUGCGACCUCUGCCUCGUGGUCGGCACGUCAUCGGUCGUGUAUCCAGCAGCCAUGUUCGCUCCUCAGGUGGCAGCCAGAGGCGUCCCUGUGGCUGAAUUCAACAUGGAAGACACACCGGCCACCAUGAGAUUCAAGUUUCACUUCCACGGCCCCUGUGGGACAACCUUACCCCCUGCGCUGGCCCGCCACGAGACUGAACCAAAAUAAAAAAAACAGUCCAGCUCUUCACAGACCAGACUGUCUAACUCUGGAGGACUUUAAUUGGUACAAAUACCAAGAAUAAUGGUUUAAAUAUAAUGAACGACGUGGCCACGAGGUUCAUGAAAAAUAAAAAGAGGCCAACGAACAAACUAUGAAAAAAGGAAACAGUUUGGUCGAACUGUUGCACAGAUAAAAUUCAUAAUGAAACAGAUAAUAUAAUCAAUAUUAAACACACAGAGCUUUAGGCAGUUAAUGUCAAAUGGUUACACUUUGUCUUUUGGGGUUUCUAGCUUUGAUAGUUCAUGUUCUACAUAAGAAGGUGCCAACGGUAACGGAUUUAUUUCUGUUGAAUGAAAAACUUGAAUAAUAAACAUUGUAGCAGAUAUUACAAACAUUAGUCGUCUGGGCUGAUUGCAGAGUUUUAAUUUGUACGGCUGCAACUAAUUAAUUAACUAAUUAACUUAUUUUUCCAGGUAAUCAAUUAGUUUUUUGUUCCAGUAAAUGUCAGAAAAUUGUGAAAAAUAUGACUUCAGAUGUCUUUGUUUUGUCUAUAACUCAAAGAUAUUUAGUUUGCUGUUACAUAAAACUAAAAAAAAACAGAAAAUAUUCACAUUUUAAAAGCUGGAAUCAGAGAAUUUUGCCGUUUUUGUCUUUAAAAAAUGACUCAAAACCAUUCAUCGAUUAUCAAUAUUGGUGACAAUUACUCAACUAAUCAUUGCAGCUCUAUUUAAUUCAACGUUAACUAUGCUGUUUGUAAAAGAUGACACUGAAAAAAAGAAUGACUCAUCACAUGAAGACAAACUUGAGCACUUCUUUUUUUUUUUGUGUUGCUGUGAAUGAAUAUUGAAUGUAUUGCAGUGGAGCGGACAGUAGGGGGCAGUGUUUAUCUGCUCCUGCUGUUCUCUAAGCUUCUCUCUCUUCUCUCUAUUUCAGUUUAGAAAAAAAAAUUUUUUUUGACUCCUUCCAAUGAAUCUGUGAUCUCUGUCUGGGAUAUGUGUCACUUGUGUGUCGUCUGUAAUGUACGAAGCGUGAUGAAUACUGUGUGUGACGCCUGCCAGUGGCCACGAGUCAGCUGUAGUUUAAACGAGGGGGGGAAACCAGACACUGUGCAUGCUGUCAUGAGGAGAUGAAGCAUUUGUUAUGUAUUGCAAGACGUUGACAUGAUUGGAAAAACAUAUUGACGUGAAAUCUAAUGAGAUAAAUGCAAAUAUUCUUUAUAAACUGAAGAGUGU